AUGGAUUCAGAUGUUAGUGACAGACGUAACGACCGAACAGAUAAAUUAAACACACAAAACGUUAUGAAGCGAAAUCGUCAAAAUAACGAAAAAGAUAGAUUUAACUGGAAUUCAGAAAGUAGUGACGAUGGCAAUGAUUCAAAUAAAUGGGGAAAACAAACCAAUCUAAAACAAAGGUCUGAAAAUGACGAUGAAGAUGAUAGCUCUGAUUGGGACUCAGAUUCAGAUUUUUGGACGAAGCCAAACAAAAUAAGAUGGUCUAAUAAAGUAAAUACUGUAGAAGGAAAUAACAGAUUUGAUUUCAAUUCUGCAAGAGGUAAUACGAAAAGAGACGAUUCCGUUGACCUGAUUAAACAAAGCAGUCUGAUUCGAAUUAAGAAUAACGGAAAUAUCAGACGAAAUAAUAAAAGGGUAGACAUGGAUUCAGACAUCAUUAACGACAAUUCAAACAAUGAGCUAUACCCGAUCAUCAGCCAAGAAUCAAAUAAAAAGUAUAAAGAAAUAGAAGAUAACAAUUCGAACAAUCGGUUAAAUCCAAUCAUCAGCCAAGGACCAAAUGAAGGACAUAAGGCUAUAGGCAAUCAUAAUGCAAAUAGAGGUAUCAUAAAUAUCGUUUUGCCUCACUUGAAUAUUCCGAAAAGGAAUGGAGGUAAUGGCAUGUUUUUCAGAAAUAAAAAAAUAAAUCUUUUUGAAAAAGAAAGUGAAGAAAGAGGAAAUGACAAGCGUCAAAUAAUUCAAAAGCGGCCGAAUUUUCUUCAUUCAAGAAAUAACAACUCGUUAGUUCGGGCGUCAAAGCUUGGUAAAUUUAUGUUUCCAAAUUUGGUACGGAAUGAGGGAGAGGAAAAUGAGAUCGAAGAUGACUAA